AUGGACCUUGUGGCUUGUGUUUGCCUAGCCAUUCGGGAGGAUGAAUGGUCACCGAGGGUCUCAUAUUCCUACAGCAUGCUUACGCCUAGCCAUUCUAGGAUGAAUGAUCAUCGAGAAUCUCAUAGUCCGGUUACUACCAAUAUUCGUGAGAUGAAUGGUCACCGAGAAUCUCAUAGUCCGUUGCCUUCACAAGUGAAGAUAAGCAAAGUGACUUUCCAAAACAUAAAGGGUACAUCAAGAACCCAAAGUACAGUAUCACUUCUUUGCAGUAAAGGUAGUCCAUGUGAGGGUGUUGAAGUUGGAGAUAUUGACAUCACAUACAGUGGAACAGAAGGUCCAGCAAAAUCAAGUUGUGAGAAUAUUACGCCAAGUUUAAAAGGAAAGCAAAAUCCACAAGUUUGCACUGCUGCUGCUUCCCCUGUUGCUGCACCUGCUGCUGCUUCGUCGUCUUAA